GACAUUUGAAGGAAGGUUUGUAUUUCAGCUGUCUCCAGAACAGACUCACUACAUCAUAACAAAAUGAAUAAAAGAACAACGCUGAUGUACAUUGAAAUCGGCUGUUUUAUAGUCUGUGUUAGCGGAUGGAUCUUGGUUUGUUCCACAAUGCCGACUGAAUACUGGACUUACUCGGAAGUGAAGAGUUUGGUUCUUACGUCUUCACAUUAUUUCUCUAAUCUCUGGAAAGACUGUCUCUCAGACUCUACAGGUGUGUCAGACUGUAAAGAGUUUCCUUCUAUGUUGGCUUUGCAGACAUACAUUCACCUGUGUCGAUCUCUCAUCAUCAUCUCUAUAAUUUUGGGAUUUUUUGGAGCUGUUCUGGCUCUGGUCGGGAUGAAGUGCACAAAACUUGGAGGAUCUGUUAGUUUAAAUGCCAAAAUUACCCUCUCUGCAGGAAUCAACUACUUAAUAUCAGGUCUCUCUGCUAUGUUUGCUUACAGCUGGUAUGGAAACAAAGUUAUAUCCGAGUUCAUGGACCCCAAUUACAAAGCAAAAAAGUUUGAACUUGGAGCGGCUCUGUUUGUAGGAUGGGGCGGAUCGGCUCUCCUCAUCUCUGGAGGACUUGUCUACAUCAUCUCUGCAUGGAAUGAAGCCUGCCAAUCCAGUUCGACCCAAGAAACAUCAUAUUAUUAUCAUUCUUCUGAACGAACCCAAACACCAUACAUGACUGGUUCACCUUCACCUGGACCUCUGAAAGAAGAUGACAAACUCACGGCAUCGAAAGGAAAAGCAUUCCACAGCAUGGCUGCAUAUGUUUAAUACUUCAUCUGUCAAAGUAUAAUGUAAUUAGUACGUUUUCAUCAAACUUUUAACAAUAACACAUUUUAGACACAAUAUUAUUGUGUGACAGUCUACACUGAGUGUUAUGAAAUGAAAUUAUCCAAUAAGAUCCUGAUCACUGUUUUUCAAACUUUCAUUGGACAAUGUUGAAUCUGUGUUUAGUUUUUUAAGUGGCUUAUAAUUUGAAAGUGUUUGUGUAAAUAAAUAAAUAUCCUUUAU